AAGUGUUCGAGUUUCAUUGAAAAUUUAGAACCGGUGUGAUGCCAAUUAAAAAACUCUUUGAUCACAAAGGACUUACGCGUGUGACAGUGUAUUGUGCUUUCGUGGUUCUGUGUGGAAAGACUCAAUAUAUUUAACUCUUCUUGCGAUUGCCAUAUACUCGCUAAUAUUUGAAAUUUGAGACGGUAACAUGCCACCAAAUGUUCCCGACUCUUCGACCCAAUGUCCGGGCUCCAUGCCCAACAAAAUUCAAGAAAGGAUCGAAGCACAUCACCACCAAAAUGGGAAUAUCGCAACCCUUAAAGACUUCGGAGUAGGAAACGGAGAGCUGAAAAAGAAACUAAAGAACACACCCGAAGAAUGGUUUGGCUUCCAGUCGAAACUCCUGUGGUCGAAUAUCAUCGCUCUUACUCUUCUGCACAUCGGAGCUGUAUGGACGAUUCUGACGUUUCCGUAUUGGCAACACAAAUUUCUCACGGCUUGGGUGCUACUCGUGGCAAUACCGGCUGGAAUUGGCGUUACCGGUGGAGCACAUCGUCACUGGACACACAGAACUUACAAGGCGAACACACCAUUGAAGAUAAUAUUAGCUACGUUUUAUCUAUUAUCAGGAAUGAAUACGAUUUUCGAUUGGGUCAGAGAUCACAGAGUGCAUCACAAAUUUUCGGAAACGGAUGCCGAUCCUCACAACACUAAUCGUGGCUUUUUCUUUAGUCACGUGGGUUGGUUGAUGAUGAAGAAACACCCAGAAGUCAUAAAGCGAGGAAACCAAGUUGACAUGUCCGAUAUCCUCGAGGAUCCGGUUGUACAAUUUGUUGACUCGCACUUCACGAUACUGAAGAUGGUAAUUUGCUUCAUCUUACCGACGGUAAUUCCAAUUUACUUCUGGAAUCAGGACGUCUGGUUGACUCUUUCAUCUCAAUGGUUGAUACGUUACCCUUUUACUUUGAACGCAACUUGGUCAGUAAACAGUUUUGCUCAUUUCUACGGAUCGCGAGAAUACGACAAAUUGAUUCGUCCGGCUCAAAACCGCUGGGUUUCUUUCUGCGCUCUGGGCGAAGGAUGGCACAAUUAUCAUCACGCGUUUCCUUGGGAUUACAAAGCAGCGGAGCUCGGUUACAGAUUCAAUUUGACGACGAAGUUUAUCGAUGCGUUCGCGAAAAUAGGCUGGGCGACCGAUCUCAAAACAGCACCCGAUCCACUGAUUGAAAAAGUAGUACAAAACCGAGGCGACGGUACGCAUCCGAGGUUGGCCAAGGCUGUAAAAUAACAGAAUACGCAAUAUUUUUCCUUGCGAGUGAAUGCUGUGAUUUUUACAAAAGGACAGGUAUUAUAUAUGUGUCUUGAAAAAAAAACUGAGAAAAUUCCUGUUAGCCUCCAAUACGUGUAUAUAGAUAUAUAAGUCAAUUUUCAUAUAUAUAUGCCUAAAAUUUUAUAAUAGGACGACUACUUUCUCGGUAGCGUGUUUAGAAUUAGGCAAUUUCGUCUGUUAAUUUAUGCCAUCGAGUGUUGGUAAAGCAGAACAUCGCGACAGCUCGAAAGAAAUAUUUCGCAAAUGCCUGUUCCUUCACAGUGUUUUUUUUUUUUGAAUAUUUAAUUAUCAUUGUGACAUUGAACCACUUUCAUAUUGAAAAAAAAAAAUCAACUUUUCCUUUUCUGUAUUGCCCAAUUUCCCAAAUUGUCCCUCAUAGUCAUAGCUAAAUAAACUCAUAGUAGGGAGCCCCCACUCCGUGGCGCGAUUGUGCUGACGCGGUUUGUGCAUACACUUGUCCGAUCGACACACAACCAUGUGGAUUCGCUCGAUGGAAUAACAGCCAAGUUUGUCUCUUCUUCUUUUCAUUCGAUCGAAUUGUCUCAUCAUAUCUAUAAUUCCUUUGAAGCAAUGGUUUUUCAAAACGAGAUGUUAAUUCUGUGUUUUUAUUCCACGUACCUACCAAUCCUCCAUACAAAUAAAUUAGCGGGAGAUAUAGAACGUACGAAAAACGUAUCUCUCAUUGCGUACGCGUCUGUUUUUUAUGGUUAGGUACAACGGUAAGGGUAAGACGUUUGAUGGGAAACAAAAUUCAGACUCGCGCGAAUAACUUCCACAUCGAAUUCAUACAAACGAUCAAUUUAUCGAGAAAGACUCUGUUGUUUUAUUCAUUUUCAAUAUUUGUUUUUCCAACAAUUUGCCCGUGCGAACGGUUGUGUUGUGGUCAUAUUUUAGAAUGUACAUAACACCAUGAAAUUUUUGCAUUAAAAUGUAGCUCGAUCUAAAGUGUUUUUCACUCAUUCGCAUGACGCGUCGUCCUCCGAACGAAUGUGUGUACAUAUAUAUAUCUGGUUACAGGUUAUAUAUUUUUUGUAAUGUUCUAUGAGAACGUUCGAUCGUAUUAAAAUAGCUGAAUAAUAAAUUAUUGUAUGUACCAUAAA